AUGGUCUUUGGCCGCCGCUCGCGCGCCCCACUGCUGCUCGCGCGUCUCUCGGGGCUGCGGCGCGGAGCCUGCGAUCGGGCCAUGGCGCCGCCGCGCUGCUUCGCGCUGGAGCUGCCCGGCUGCACCCUGGCUCACUUCGCAGUGGGCGACGAGGCCCCGGGCGCGCGCCCCGACCCCGGCGUGGCCGCGCUCUUGGGCCCCCCGGGCCGCAGCUACUCUCUGAGCGUGCCGGUGGCUGGGAGCGCGGGCUGCGCGGCCCGGGUGCGCGCGGCCCGGCUGCACCAGCGCUUGCUGCACCAGCUGCGGCGCGGCCCCUUCCGGCGGUGCCAGCUGCGCCGCCUGCUGUGCUACCGCCCGGGCGGCGGGGCGGGGGGCCUGCAGCACGGCUUCCUUCUCCGCGACCCCCGCGACAGCCCCGACACCCGGAGCGCGCUGCUGGCACUGCUGGAUGCCUGCCCAGAGGCUCCGCGCCCGGUCCUAGCCGAGUUCUCCGGCGACCCACUUUGCCGGCUGUGGCAGCUCCCGUGGGAACGGCGGGACGGCCAGGGGUGGCGGCAGCUGGGUCGCGAGCUCAUCGUGCCCCUGCCGGAGCCCGCGCUGCACCCGGUGGUGCCGGACCUGCCUAGCUCCGGGGUCUUCCCCCGCCGGGAGGCCGCCCGCGCCGUUCUGGAGGCGUGUACAUCCUUCAUUCCUGAAGCCCGGGCUGUGCUGGACCUGGUUGACCAGUGCCCAGAGCAGGUCCAGAAAGGAAAGUUCCCUGUUAUUGUCAUUGAAGGCCUGGAUGCCACAGGUAAAACCACUGUGACCCAGUCAGUUUCAGAUUCACUCAAGGCUGUUCUCUUGAAGUCACCACCCUCUUGCAUCAGCCAGUGGAGGAAAAUCUUUGAUGAUGAACCAACUAUCAUUAGAAGAGCUUUUUACUCUUUGGGCAAUUAUAUCGUGGCUUCUGAAAUAGCUAAAGAAUCUACCAAAUCGCCUGUGAUUGUAGACAGGUACUGGCACAGCACGGCCACCUACGCCAUAGCCACUGAGGUAAGUGGGGGCCUCCAGCACCUGCCUCCUGCCCAUCACCCUGUAUACCAGUGGCCCAGGGACCUGCUCAAACCCGACCUGGUCCUAUUGCUCACCGUGAGUCCCGAGGAGAGGAUGCAGAGGAUCGAGGGCCGGGGCAUGGAGAGGACCAAGGAGGAGGCUGAACUGGAGGCCAACAGCAUAUUUCGUCAAAAGAUAGAAGUGUCCUACCAGCGGAUGGAGAACCCUGGCUGCCACGUGGUUGAUGCCAGCCCUUCAAGAGAAAGGGUCCUCCAGAUGGUGUUAAGCGAGAUCCAAAAUAAUUGCAAUUAA